GUGUGUUCCUCCUAGCCGCGGGCAGGUGGAAGCCACGCUCACGGCCCUGUGUCCGCGCGUCUUCUCCGCCCUUACUCGCCUUAUCCCGCACCAGAUAGCCGACAGCAGCCUCCCGCCGCGCCCUGCCACUGAGCCCCGGGCCGGAGGCUAGAGGCGGCCCUGCCCAGCUCCCGCCCGGCCCUCGCCCCUGCGCGCCCGAAGCCCGCAGCCCCGGCCUCGGCAGGACGAUGCUGGAGUCCAUUCGCGUGACGGAAAAGCUUCACUGGCCUGAACAAGAACUUGCUAAGAAGUCUGUUCUAAAUGCAGAAGAUUCAUUGAUCAUUGACAGCAAAAGAAGCAUUUCACAUUUAUCCCCGGGAAUACUAAAGGACAUUUUCACAACUGGAACCAGUAGUUACAAUGUCUUACUCCAGAGCAAGGAGGAGAAAAAGCAUCAUUCACAAAAGCAGUCUUCCUCCACCUACUCCAAAAGAUGUAGAAAACCCGGCAAAUCUCCUAGCUCUUCUCGUAGUAAAGAUUCUCGCAGGUUAAAAGCCCCAGUGCCUGUGAUGGGCAGUGGUACUUGGUACUGCCUGGAGAGGCAGCCUGCUGUUAUUGUCACUAGUUCAGUGUCAAGUCCUGUAAAGUUUACACAUGAUAUCUCUGUUACAGGGAACAGCAUAGUACUGCCACCUAAGCCCAAAAGCAAGGUCAAGCGGUACCAUUUCUCCACUCUGCCAAAGCCAAAAUCACAACCACAGCCACAGCCUCAGCUGUCUAGAAGCUUUGAAAAAGGAGAUGACUUUUCUGGAAAGAAAUUUUGUAUAUUGACUGCUAUAAAGCCCACCAAUUUAGAGAAAGAAAAACUGAGAUUCUUCAAAUCUGACUAUACCUACAAUCCUCAAUUUGAGUAUGCUAAUCCUGCUCUGCCAAGUGUAUUAGCCAAGCACAGCAACGCAUCUGACCGAUUUCUUAAGCAGGUAAAGUGCCACUUCAGUAGUGGUAUUUCAUUUUUAUGUAGCUACAACAAUUAUCUAUGGUCUAAUAAGCCAAAAAACAUUUAA